AAUGUAACUGUUUUAUAAUAGCGGUGCUUCGCUGCACGUCGGAUGAAACAGUCAAAGAGUAAUUUCAUCUUUCUGUAUGUAGUGAUCACUAGUUGAGACAGCAGCAUGGAUCCAUCAGAGUCAGAGGUACUAGGUCCUGCUGGUCCCGGCCCUGAUCAAAGACCAAAGCCCGAGCUGUCUGCAGCGAUGCGGGCUAAGAUCGAGAGAAACCGGCAGAGAGCGUUGAUGCUCCGGCAAGCCCGACUUGCGAGUCGUCCUUUGUCCGCUGUAGAUGGAGCAACCUCGGCCAAAGUGUCCAAGACCAUCGACUCCGGCGCCGGCUUCUUCAUCGAGGAGGAGGAGGGCGGAGAGGAGGAGCAGAGGACCAGGAAGGUUGUUCAUCAGCCAGCUCCAGUCAUCGAGCCUGACUACCUCGUAUGUGAUGACUGUGAAAAACCCUUCAUGGACUCAUAUCUCAGCAACAGCUUUGACCUGUGUGUCUGCGACAAGUGCAGAGACAAUGAGGAGAAACACAAGCUGAUCACCAGAUCAGAGGCCAAGCAAAACUACCUGCUGAAGGACUGUGACCUGGACAAGAGAGAGCCUCCACUCCGGUUUGUUCUAAAGAAAAACCCUCACAACCCACGCUGGGGAGACAUGAAGCUCUACCUCAAACUACAGGUGGAGAAAAGGUGCAUGGAGGUGUGGGGUUCAGAGGAGGCUCUCGAGGAGGCCAGAGAGACGAGGGAGGAGAACCGGGAGGUGCAGAAACAAAAACGAUUCAAUAAGAAGGUCAAAGAGCUGCGCAGGGCUGUGAGGAGCAGCAUGUGGACCAAAGACACCAGCGUACACCAGCAUCAGUAUGGACCAGAGGAGGUAGUGGAUCCAGAGGAGGACCUGUACAAGAAAACCUGCACCACCUGUGGACAUGAACUCACUUAUGAGAAGAUGUAAACUCCCCUGCACUGACUGUUCAGUGUAUAAGGAGCAGGUUUUUGGUGCUGUAACUGGAACAAAAACCUUCACAAACUUCUUUCAACUACAGUCUAGUUCAGUGGUUCUCAAUUGGUGGGUCAGGAUCUAAAAGUGGGUCGCAAGGCAGUUUUCAGUGGGUCGCGACUACAUGUCUGAAAAUAAAAAUGGUGGCUAAAGUCCUGUAGUCCUUAUUGGACAUGCAUCAGUACCUUUUAUUACCUUAUUUGAUCAAUAUUUCAACUUAUUUAUCUCCCAUUCUUGCAAUAAAUGGCUACUUUUCCCAUGAUAAUGAAGUUCUUUCACAAGUUCUUUGGAAAUUUGGCAAAAGUUGACACAUAAUGAUGGGGAAAGAGGAUAUAAAAUGUGUCAGUUUUGCCUCUUUUCUUUUUUUAUAUCAGGUUUUUUUGGUCCAAUCAUGUUCCAAACUGUGACAUACUCAAUUAACUAAACAUGUGUUGUUGAACAUUUUUUGGAAACUGGGGUCGCAAUCUGUCCUAAGACAGACCAGUGGGUCCUGAGGCCGGACCAGUUGAGAACCACUGGUCUAGUCCAUGUUUUUUUAUUUUUAUAAGUAUUUUUCUUGCAUUUUUUUCCAAUUCAUUUGUCGAUCACUCCACCUUUUCACACACAAGGGGCCAAAAUCGCUCUGCUGAGAUGCUCAUGUUUCUCCUUCAUCGUUAGUAUUAUUAAAAACAACUCUUUGCUCUCUUUA